CUGACCUUGAGCACUUUUUAUAUGUUAAUAAAAGUUAAAUAAGCAUUUCUUGUGGUUUAUAAAAUAAGCAAAAAAAAAUUCUGGAAACGCUCACAUUGCAUUGCCGUCACUGACUUUAUUUUCGAAAAAAAAAAUUAUUUUUAAAAAGCUUAAAUCAGUCUCAAUUGAUUCUUUUAGCCGGCAUACGGAAUGUUUUGUGCUGUGUUGAAGAUUUUUCUCACAUUCAGUUGUCUAAAAUUUUGUGCUGCAAAUCAGGAUGUGGAGUUUGUUAAGAAAUUAUCGACAAUUAAUGACGUUGUGAUAGAAAGUGAUGGUCAGUGCUACAAAGACCUGAAACAGAUUCUUAAUUUUGUCAUGCUGGAGGAUUCAAACGCUUUUUUGAUGUUUAAUUCAUGGUCAUCAUUUUCAUCGAACCACACACACGGAAACUCUUAUGACUUUGGAAAAUACGACGAUUGUUUGAAGCUGAAAGUUGAUGACCUCAUCGGAACUCAGUAUUGUCUCGUGCAAUUUUACUACAAUUCAUCACAAAAUGUCGAAAAAGUGAAGCCAAAGCAGUCGUAUUUAAAUCGUGGAUGGAAAAGACUUGAUGAGAGAUUUGGCGGUGCUGUUUGCUUGCCUGAAAGUUGUGAAAGUGACGAUGUGAAGAAAAUAAUGAUGAAAUUGUUUAGUGGAAGUGAUUUGGAGCUGGCUGAAGAUUAUAGUCAAGCUGAUUAUUGUAAAAAGUCGAAACAAAUGAGAGGAUUUACUAGAUUUGAAAUUAUUAAUGAUGCUGCAACAAUAUUCUUUAUAUUAUUAGCAAUAGUCUCAUCAUUUUUAUACAAUUCAACAUCCAAAAAUGAAUCAAUUCUAACAAAAAUCAUAUCAGCAUAUUCAAUAAAACAAAAUUUUAAAGACUUUAUAAACUUGACACCUGAAAAAGGUUCAAUAACCUGCCUAAAUGGCAUACGAGCGAUCUCAAUUUUCUUUAUUAUGUUUUACCAUUUUGUGUCGCUUCGAAGCAAUUUUGCCUUUCGGGAUGGAAAAAAUCUAGCAGAGCUGAGUGAACGGUUCCUAAUGAGAUCAACAGGAUCAUUGUCAAUUGCUGUUGAUGCCUUUUUUGUGAUGAGUGGAGCUUUGGUUACAAAAUCUGUGAUAAAGCAGCUUGAUACUGGGAAAUUAAACAUUUGGAAGCUUUAUAUCCAGCGGUACUUCCGAAUAACACCAACAGUUGCAAUUGUGGUUAUGUUUACGAUUGCAAUUUCAAAGUUCUUCUACCGAAUGGUUCCUUAUACUUUUGAAAACAAUCUUGGAACUUCUUGUGAGAUACAUUGGUGGGAAGCUUUGCUACAUACUCAAGUGUACUCAAAUCCUAGGGAUAUUUGUGUCAUUCAUUCGUGGUACCUGUCAGCAGACUUCCAACUGUUCCUCGUUGCACCAUUCUUAAUCAUCUUAGCCUACAAGUUUCCUUUUAAAAAAUUAACAAUUGGAUGCUUUGUGGUCCUUUUGUCAGCAUUCAUUGUCUACCGAGGAUAUCUCAUUAUCAAUACUAACAUAACAGUUGCCGACGUGACUGUAUUUCGUGAUUUAUAUGGCGAGACUGAAGCAGCAUUUUAUUAUCCAACUCAUGUGAGAGGACUUCCAUUCCUAGUUGGAAUGCUCCUUGGCUACUUAUUGAUGGAUAAAAAGUUUACAAUUGUGAAUCAAAAGAUCACAAGACUCAUCACCAGAUCCCUUCUAGCGUUCUCAAUCAUAUUCUUCCUCAUCUAUCCAGUUCCACUCGAACCACUCAGUCCACUAAUUUCACACAAAUUUGAAGCUUUUCUGCUGAUUUUCGGUCACUUUUUCUGGUCAAUUGGAAUCUCAGUUCUCAUAUUUUCAUGUCAUCAUGGCCACUGUGGAUUUAUUAAUAAAUUUUUAUCGAGUCAAAUUUGGACACCAGUAGCUAAAAUGGGAUUGAGCUUUUAUUUGGUAUCUGCUGGUAUUCAGUACAUGAUUGCAUCGUUUAGACAGGAACCACAGGAAAUUGCGAAUGAAUUUAACUUGAUUUUUCAGUUUUUGAUUGAAUUGCCUUUUAUUGUUCCUAUUGUCAUGAUAUCAUACUUUGUUGUUGAAGUGCCGUGCAUCAAGAUUGGACGAAUAAUAACAGAUAAAUUGUGUUAAUAAAAUCAAUAAAAAUAAAUUUAAAAUUUAAGAACUAAAGUUAAUGUAAUGAAAUGUAAAUAAUUUUUUAAAAUUUGUAAAACUUAAAUUAAAUGAAAAAC